AUGAGAACAGUUGCGAUUCUCGUGCUAGCAUUAUAUGCCUCAAUCAAGCAGGUACAGCUUCAAACUCCGACUGCCGACAUCACGACGACGAAAAAGUAUCCUUUCGUGGCCGCUGUAUCAUGGAAUCGUCAUCUCCUUGGCAAUGGAGCGAUCAUCGCACCUCAAUGGGUACUUACCACGGCCAGCGUUUGCCAUGUGGGGGAUGUCCUUUUAUACGACGUGGCGGUUGGAGAGGACGACUUUGUGUACAGGAAGCGGGAUAUUCCGGUCGAUCAAGUCAUUCGGCAUCCGGAGUACGAUGAGUUGGAUAACAACAUUGCGUUGGUAAAAGUUCGGGGCACCAUAGAGUACAAGGAAACAGUGCAACCGAUCGCUUUAGCAGCCUCCAUGCCGAAAGAGAUCGACGUGACUAUGGUGACGUACGGUAAAAAUGUGGUGACCGUAACGGAAUUGCGCGAUCUAACGUGUACCUUAUCGGUGAAGUGCGAGGAUGAGUUUAAGGACGAAGAUGUGCUGAAAAUGAUCGGUCAAGAGCACGGGUAUUGUGUGAUUGCUAAGCCAGGUAGGAAGCUGGGCUUCUGGUUCAGCGACGAUGGUGCACCGUUAGUGGCCGACGUUAGUCUCCUGCUCACCCUGAGCACACUGACCAUCUCGAUCGGGGCCAUCCCGAGGUCCUUGUGGCCAAUCAGGCAGGAAUGUGGCGUACGAAACCGAUCCACUGACUGGCCUUUCCACGUCGGAUUGUAUCGGUCAAAUGGCAAUGCUAGUUUGUACUUCUGCGGAGGCACGAUCGUGAGUCAAUGGCACGUGAUCGGUUCAGCUCACUGUGUUCAACCGUACCCACGUGAGCAGCUAUCCGUACGGUACGGUGUCUGCGAUCUAACUGCAUCCGAGCAAACCGAUCGGAGUCGUAUCGAUCGAGUGUUCAUACAUCCGGGCUAUCGAGCGCCCGAUUUCACUGACGAUAUCGCGCUGCUGCAACUGAUGGACCCAAUGCCACUGGGACUGACCACACAACCGAUCUGUCUGUGGCCAGCAGAGAAAGCCGAGAAGGAUAGCGAUCGCAUGCAGAUCGUUGAAGGAUCGCACGGUUUCAGCGUCGGAUGGGGCAUAGGAUCGGAUAACGUUUACACUAGCCUGUUGCAGAGUGCAUUCGUCGAGGUGCAACCCCAGAGCAGAUGCAUCGAGACGCUCGGUGGGAAGCUGUUCGAAAUGGGAGCAUUUUUCUGUGCCACGACUCCAGUCUGCAGUGGAAGCGGUGGCAGUGGGUUCUACGUGGAGCUCGAAGGUCAGUUCUAUCUGGGUGGCAUAACGACGUUCGGGACGCCACCGAAGGGCCAGUACCAGUGCGGUGUUAACACGCUGACGGGUUUGCUCGCUACGGCAAAGUACACGACGUGGCUCAAGCAGCACAUCGAAGCUUUUGACGCACCGUCAGAGCUCCCGUCUCGAAAUGUCUCGCAGCUCGCACACCUGGAAGAGUGGAGUGAAUAG